AUGACCGCCGACGCGAAGUUACCCUCCAACUCCAACGGUGAUGCAGCCCAGGAUCGCCGAUUUGGCACGUUGGCUGUCCACGCUGGCGCCCCUCACGACCCUACCACGGGUGCCGUUAUCGCCCCUAUCUCUCUUUCCACCACCUAUGCCCAGACCAGCGUCGGCAAUCCUGUCGGCAUUUACGAGUAUACGCGGAGCUCCAACCCAAAUCGUGAUAACUUUGAGGAGGCUGUCGCUGCCCUCGAACAUGCGAAAUAUGCCCUGGCCUUUUCCUCCGGCUCGGCAACCACUGCUAUCAUCCUGCAGUCCCUAGCUGCGGGUUCGCACGUCGUUUCGGUUUCAGAUGUCUACGGUGGCACGCACCGCUACUUCACCAAGGUCGCGUCAGCCCACGGCGUGCACGUGACGUUCUCGCCGACGAUCGAAUUGCAUGUGGAAGAUCUGAUCCGGCCAAAUGAGACCAAGUUGGUGUGGAUUGAGACCCCGUCCAACCCAACUCUGGGGUUGGUGGAUAUCCGCAAAGUGGCUGAGAUUGCACAUCGCCACGGAAUCUUGGUUGUGGUCGACAACACUUUCAUGAGCCCCUAUCUCCAAAACCCCUUGGACCAUGGAGCUGAUCUGGUCGUGCAUUCGGUUACCAAGUAUAUCAACGGCCACUCUGAUGUUUUGAUGGGCGUGGCUGCAUUCAACUCGGACAGCUUGAAAGAGCGUCUCUCGUUCCUCCAAAACGCCAUUGGCGCUGUUCCGUCGGCGUUUGACUGCUGGCUGGCCCACCGAGGUCUCAAAACUCUCCACCUUCGUGCUCGGGAGGCCAGCACCAACGCAACGACCGUUGCGAAAGCCCUCGAGGCGUCCCCCCAUGUGCUGGCCGUCAACUACCCCGGUAUCGACUCUCACCCCCAUCGUGCCAUUGCUAUCAAGCAGCACCGUCAGGGUAUGGGCGGUGGUAUGCUGAGCUUCCGUCUCAAGGGUGGCCAGAAGGCUGCUCACCUCUUCUGCCAGUAUACCAAGGUUUUCACUUUGGCUGAAAGCUUGGGAGGCGUGGAGAGUCUCUGCGAGGUUCCCUCGAGCAUGACUCACGCCGGUAUCCCCAAGGAUCAGCGUGAGGCCGCUGGAGUUUUCGACGACCUUGUCCGCCUGAGCUGUGGAAUUGAGGAUGCUGAAGAUCUUAGGUCCGACGCGCUGCAGGCACUUGAAAAGGCCGUGGCUGCCAGCCGGGCGGCGAAUGGCGUUAACUAA